CGAACCGGCAGUGGCAGGCAGUGGCCAGACGCCCAUCAUGGAAACACUCGAGGUCUUGGCGUCCAUUACCAGGCUGAGCGACCGCGUAGUGAGAGUAUUGGGCCAGAACCCAGGUAAAUUCACACUCCAAGGGACAAACACCUAUCUUAUCGGCGAGCGCAACCCCUACACGCUCAUCGACACCGGCGAAGGCAAAGAAGCCUACAUCCCACAACUCGAAUCUGCCCUCUCCGACACCUGCAAACUCACGAACCCAAAUGAACCCCACAUAUCCGAUAUCGUCAUCUCUCACUGGCACCAGGACCACACAGGCGGAAUUAACUCCGUCCUUUCGCUCUUGCAGAGAAUGUGGGAUGAGCGGAACACCCCUGCUCCGUUCAAGCCGCCUCGUAUCCACAAGUUCCCCCAUGUAGCAUCUGGCUUUAAUACAACUAUCACACCCCCACCCCCGGGUACAUACACCCCUACCGCCAACGGUGCCUUCCUGCACGACCUCGCACACGGCCAGUUCCUCCCCAUAACAGGCUCCCCCUCGCCCAUGCAAGUCAUCCACGCCCCAGGACACACCACCGACUCCAUCUGCCUCCACAUCCCUGACGACCGGGCCCUCUACACAGCCGACACCGUACUCGGCCAGGGAACAGCGGUAUUUGAGGACCUAGGAACCUAUAUCUCCUCCCUCCGCAAGCUCCUCGCAUUUCAAUCUGAUUAUACUGUUCUGUACCCUGGGCAUGGCCCUGUCGUCGCUGAGGGUCCUAAGCUCAUCGGUGCAUACAUCGCGCAUCGUAUGGAGAGAGAGGCGCAGAUUGUGAGCGUCAUUGAGAAACCUAGUCCUGAGGGACAGCCUUGGUCUACGUGGGGAAUUGUAUCCACGAUAUAUUCUGCUUACCCGCAGAAUUUAUGGGAGCCUGCUGCGCGAAGCGUGGACCAGCACCUGGGGAAGCUUCAAGCCGAGGGUAAGGUGAAGAAGCUUGGGGGCGAGGGCAAGGACGUCAAGUGGGAGUUGCUAGCGAAGCUGUGAAGGAGGGCGGAGGGCCUGAUUUCAGUCCACAUUCUAUCAGAAGAAUAUAGCAUGAAAUAGAUCGUGCAUCCAAUGUAAUAUACAAGUGACACAUAACGUGAAGAUCUCGUGAGCAGAG